AUGAUGUAUUCGCUCCUCUUCUGGUUCGCUGCCGCGCUCUUCACCUUGGCUCAUGGAGCAAAUGAUACAGCAUCUGCUCCAGGUGCUGCUCAAGGGGUAAGUCUACGCUCUACUACCUAUUUUUCAGUUAAUAAAUUUGACCGUCUAGGUUACUGGUGGAGGAAAUGCCGAUCCCGUUACGCCUACUACAACUGCACAGUAAUAUCAAAUGUGCACUUGACACAGAAACGUUUAACUAAUUUACUCUUCAGAUUGAUCUCGUACCUUACGGACUCUUCACCGCGAGUCAUCCUUAUUACCAAAACCUUCGAUUUCCGUGGUAGUAUGGGCAACACAACAGCGGUUGGAUGCAUACCAUCCAGCAAUACAUGUGGAUCUAGUGGACAAAAUGCCAUUAACCCAAAUGACUGGUGUGGAUCUAGUCCAAAAACCACGGUCACCUACGACAACGCUGGUACCACAGCAAUCCAGGUCAAGAGCAACAAGAGUAUCAUAGGUGUAGGCAGCGCCGGUGUUAUCGUUGGCCGAGGACUCAGUCUAAAGGAUGUUACCAACGUUAUCAUUCAAAAUAUUCACAUUACCAACCUCAACCCUUCAUUGAUUUGGGGUGGUGAUGCUAUUUCAUUAGUAAGCUUCACACCUUAGAUGUGGAGGUCUCAAAGGCUAAUAUUUUGCUAGGUGGGCACAGAUUUAAUCUGGAUCGACCACUGCAAAAUUUCACUCAUCGGCCGACAAAUGCUCGUCACUGGAUUUAAAGCCGCUGGCCGAGUCACCAUUUCCAACACUGAAUUCGAUGGCAAAACUUCUUGGUCUUCAUCUUGCAACAAUAAACAUUACUGGACGAUGCUCUUCCUAGGCGCCGAAGACUAUAUCACUCUCUUGAACAACUACAUCCACGAUUGUUCUGGCCGUGCACCAAAGGUUGGAGGUAGUGGUGCUAUAAACAUGCACGCAGUGAACAAUUACUUUGCGAACAACGACGGUCACGAUUUCGAUGUCGCUAAAGGCGGUGCUGUCUUAAUCGAGGGCAAUUACUUCCAAACCGUCAAGAUUCCUAUUACACCCCAAUCUUCCAAAGAUGGAGGAUCUAUCUUCGACGCCGUGGCUGGAACAGAGUCUUCUUGUUCUGCUCCCCUGGGUCGUGCUUGCCUCUCAAAUUUAGCGGUUGACUCGGGAGCAAUUACUGCUUAUGGUAAUAGUAACUUUUUUUCCUCGUUUAAAUCGGAGAAAAUGGGUACUGUCCCUGCUGCUAUUGCAGCUUCUGCUGUUCCGGCUUAUGUGAUGGCUAAUGCUGGGAUUGGGAAGAUGCAAGGGGAGUCAAAAGCUCAGGAUCGAGUUGUUGAUUCGGAUGUUUGUUAUUAG